CUAACAACGAGAGAGAAAGCACAAAUCACGGCUGAUGAUGAAUGUGGCAGUCCUCCAGAAAGGUUAAACAUUAACCUUCUAACAAAGAUACACAACGGGCGGAAACCUCCCAAAGAUGCCGAGAGGAUUCCUGGUGAAAAGGAGCAGGAAAUCGACCCUGGUCUCUUACCGGAUCCGCUCAGAAGAUGCAGCCGAGCCGCCGCCGGUGCUGGAGACUUUCCCGGUCCCCGCCUCCGGUUCCCCCCGGGGUUUGUCCAGCGGGGGCCCGGCUUGGCCCCCGGAGGAGGAUCAGCCGCCUCCGCCGCCGCCGGUAGCGAGCCCGGUGCGGCCGGUGAGCCGGGAGCACGGCCCCCGCUUCCUGAACCUGGCGUCCCCGGUGGGCGGCGAGUCUUUCCCGAAGCCGGCGGCUCCGUUCGCCGGCGCCUUGGACCGGGCGCUGCUGCUGGGGCCGGCCGACGGGAAAGUGGCCUCGGCGUACGGGUCAGCGCCGGGUCGCCCGGCGGCUCCUCCUCACCAGCACCACAACAACAACAACAACAGCUGCAGCGGAGGCGGUAGCGCCGGUCAGAACAGGGGCAGCCAGGUCGCGAAAGCGGCCGCCCCUAAGAAAGCCAAAGCCAUUAGGAAACUCAACUUCGAAGAUGAGGUGACCACCUCCCCGGUGCUGGGCUUGAAGAUUAAGGAGGGUCCGGUGGAGGCUAAGCCCAGGUCGGGGUCAGCAGGAGGUGGUUUUGGUGCUAGUGGUGGAGGAGGAGGAGGGAAGCCCCUGGGGGAGUUUAUUUGCCAGUUGUGCAAGGAGGAAUACAUCGACCCGUUCUCGCUGGCCCAGCACAAGUGCUCCCGGAUCGUCAGGGUGGAGUACCGCUGCCCGGAAUGCGACAAGGUCUUCAGCUGCCCCGCCAACCUCGCAUCGCACCGGCGAUGGCACAAACCCCGGGGCCAGACCCCGAGCGCGGCUGGCGGUCACCCUCUCACCUCCAGUGCCACCAACACUAAAGGGGAGCCCGGUAAACCCAGCCCCGGGGAACCCCCAGCCAAGGAGCUGAGGCCAGAGGCCGGAGACCGAGAUACCCCGAGCCCCGGCUCGGCUCCCUCCGAGUCCGGUUCCGAGGACGGUCUCUACGAGUGUCACCGGUGCGGCAAGAAAUUCCGGCGCCAGGCUUACCUGCGGAAACACCUAGCGGCUCACCCAGGGGACGCCUCCUCCUACCCCCCGUUCCCCGGUAGUGCUGGUGCUGGUGGUGGAGGAGGAGGGGGGGAAGCGCCCGAGAAGAAGCUCCCAGCCCCCGGCCAAGUCUCCAAACCCGGCUCCGAGUACCAGCCGUGCCAACUGUGCGGCGAGAACUUCCCCAGCAAGACCAGCCAAGAACGCCAUCUCCGUCUGCACGCUUCUGAGGUGUUCCCUUGCAAGUACUGCCCGGCCACUUUCUACAGCUCUCCUGGACUCACCAGACACAUUAAUAAAUGCCACCCGUCAGAAAACAGGCAAGUGAUCCUUCUCCAAAUGCCAGUGCGCCCUGCCUGUUAGAAGAGGAAGGGAGAAAGAGAGAGACGGGGGUGACAAACCGUGCCUUUCUUAGUUGCUACUUACCGACAACCAGAGAGGGAGAGAGAGAAAAAAAGUCAAACCAACUUUGCUGUUCUUUUUUGAAUGCUAACGCCUUUUCCGUAUACCUUCAUCUCACAGACUGCACCUUUCAGUCGAAACAAUAACAGCUUUAAUGUAGCUUUGUGAUAUGCUGGACACUUGGAGAUUUUUUCAAUUGUCUUGAACAAAGCAGUAAUUAGAACGUUCCUUUAGAUUAGCCACAAAUGCCUUGGAUUACUGAUCCGAAUGUUUCACCACAAUGAUGUAAAUGCCUUAAUUUUUCGAAGCUUUCCACGUUUUUACCUUCAAUGGGUUUGUUGCAUAUAAUUUUACUGUCUGAAUAUAUGUAUUGAUUGCUAAAUGAAUACAUUUUAUAAUUUAUUCGUUUUAUUUAUUUAUUAUAAAAAGUUAUUGUGAUAAUAUUGCAUUCUUUCGUUAUCUAUUUUGAUGUUGCGUCUGUUUGGUUCAGUAACUUAUGACGUUCCGUUUUUCGUAAAUUUCAAACCGAACUUGAUUUUGUGAACAUACAUGUAGGUUUUCUUUGCUCAUUUUAAACGCCAUCGUUUCUGCUCCCCUCCCAUCACCCACUCGUGUGAAGCUGACGACUGCUCUUAAAUUAAAUGCAAUCCCUUUUUCUACACAACUUAUUUUCUUAACUGUUAGCUUUUAUAUAGUGGUUCCAAAUGUAUGUUCCCGACUGUGUUUGUU